AUGGGGGCUGGGGCGAGCGCUGAGGAGAAGCACUCCAGGGAGCUGGAGAAGAAGCUGAAGGAGGAUGCUGACAAGGACGCAAGAACUGUCAAGCUGCUGCUGCUAGGUGCUGGGGAAUCGGGAAAGAGCACCAUUGUCAAACAAAUGAAAAUUAUCCACAAAGACGGUUACUCGCUUGAGGAGUGCUUGGAGUUCAUCGUCAUCAUCUACAGCAACACCCUCCAGUCCAUCAUGGCCAUUGUGAAGGCCAUGAACACGCUUAACAUCAACUACGGACACGCCGAUCAGCAGGAUGAUGCCAGGAAGCUCGUGCAUCUUGCGGACACGAUCGAGGAGGGCACCAUGCCUAAAGAGCUGUCGGACAUCAUCCUGCGCCUGUGGAAGGACAGCGGCAUCCAGGCCUGCUUUGACAGGGCCUCGGAGUACCAGCUCAACGACUCCGCCGGAUACUAUCUCAACGACUUGGAAAGACUGGUUCAGCCCGGCUACGUCCCCACCGAGCAGGACGUGUUGCGAUCAAGAGUGAAGACCACAGGUAUCAUCGAGACCCAGUUCUCCUUCAAAGAUCUCCACUUCAGAAUGUUUGAUGUGGGCGGCCAGCGGUCGGAGAGGAAGAAGUGGAUCCAUUGCUUUGAAGGUGUGACUUGCAUCAUCUUCAUCGCUGCUCUGAGCGCCUACGACAUGGUGCUGGUGGAGGAUGACGAAGUGAACCGAAUGCACGAGAGUCUGCACUUGUUCAACAGCAUCUGCAACCACCGCUACUUUGCCGCCACCUCAAUUGUACUCUUCCUCAACAAGAAAGACGUCUUCAUCGAGAAAAUCAAGAAGGCUCAUCUCAGCAUGUGCUUCCCAGAUUAUGAUGGCCCCAAUACGUACGAGGAUGCCGGUAACUACAUUAAGAUCCAGUUCCUGGACCUCAACAUGCGUCGAGACAUCAAGGAAGUCUACUCUCACAUGACCUGCGCCACAGACACAGAAAACGUCAAGUUUGUGUUUGAUGCCGUAACCGACAUCAUCAUCAAGGAAAACCUGAAGGAUUGUGGUCUCUUCUAA